GUCGUUCAUCGUCGGGGCACCGCCAGGGCGAUUGCCUUUUCUCUCUUCCCCUCUUCAGACCCCGACUGUACAUACGUGUUGCUUGCUUAGACUUGAGAAAGAACAUGGAUACAUUUGCAGAAUAAAGCGACCGCUGCCGACCCCCUACUAUUCUCCGAUGCGGAGGUGCAUAACCCGUCUUGCGGUCAACUUGCAAUGGCGCGACCCGACAGGCGCAUCAAUCUAGCGGUCGCGAGGGCCAUCCCCCCAUUCCUAUUAUGUGUUUUUAUAUAUGCAUCUUACGCGGUCACCAAACCAUUAUGCAUUGACUACCUGAUCCAUCCCCUUUCCAAGUAUGAUCACGGCCGUCGAACGGGCGCGGGCGUCGCCAUCCUCGUCAUCUACUACAUCCUCCUCCUAAUCGUCCUGACCACCUAUCUGCGACUCUUGCAUACUGUGACCUGGAAUGCCGGCCUGCUGCCGCGAAAGGCUACCCCGCCAGCAGACGACGCGCAUGAACCACCCCACUCAUCAGGUCGCCAUCGUCGGAGAAGGAGGAGGCAUCGACGGCACAGAAGUGCGGAGAAGACGAACACAUUAGACAGAGAUGUUGAGAGUGAAGCCGACUCAACUGUCGACGGGGACACCACGAUUCCCUGGGACACAAAUGGGUUGGAGAGCUUCUACACCAAAGACGUCUUCGUGUGCCAGCCAGAUGGCCGGCCGUUAUACUGCUCCACGUGUUGUCAUUAUAAGCCUGAUCGGACGCAUCAUUGUCGGGAGGUCGACCAGUGCGUUCGCAAGAUGGACCACUUCUGCCCUUGGGUAGGAGGAGUGGUUUCCGAAACCUCCUUCAAGUUCUUCAUUCAAUUCGUGUUCUAUACUAUGCUCUAUUGCAUUUUUUGCUUGAUAGUCUGUGCAUUGUUUACUGCCGAAAUAGAGCGCGAGACUGGAGGGGCUAAUCCUCAUUUGGCUGUUGGAAUUGGAUUGAGCGGUCUAUUUGGACUCUUCACUUUUGGAAUGACCCUCAGCUCCUUACAGCUCGCCAUGCUCAACCUCACAACGAUCGAGAACAUCAACCGUCGGUCGGCCGUCUGGACCUUGGCCAUCCGCGUGCCGAAUCACCUGCUCAGCAGACUGAACCCCGACUCCCGAUGGGCUCCAACCUUCAACACCAUCACCUAUCCUUUACCCCCGAUGCCCCUCACCCCAGAAGCCCAAAGAAACUACCAGCCGCCCGCGGGCGAGCAGCACAUCUUCGCCAUCCUCCAAACGCUCCCGGGCGAGAACCCCUUCGACCUCGGCAGCCCGUUUAGGAACCUCCAACAGGUGCUAGGCUAUAAGGUCAUCGACUGGUUCGUGCCGCUUAAGCAGAGUCCCUGCGCCGUGCGGACGGACUCCGACAGCUUUUUCGAGUUUGGCCCCGUGGUGUCAAGGCUUAAGCGAGAGGCCGGGCUCGAAAAGCCAGCUUUAGAGGAGGCUCGUCAAUGACCGAGUGUGUUUGGAGCUCUCCAGUGGGGACGAUAGUUUUGGUUUCAAUAACACGUAUUGCAUGGAAUUGGGAUGCUUAAUUUGGAGUCAGCCUGUGGCUGAGACUCUUAUUCUUUCUCUUUAGGGUUAUAUAUAUUUUGUUUGGGUUCGGGUUGUCAGGAGCACCUGUC